AAAUUAUUUUAAAUAGUUUAUGUACACCAUUACGCAAAAUGAUGAUCAGUGCUAUAUUUAACAAUACAGACGGUGAGAAAGAGCGUGACUCGCUUGUUUACAUUAAGUGGUACAUACCAAAAGCCAUGUCGGGCACCAUACUCGAAAAUUUAAGCGGACGCAAGCUGUCCAUAUUGGUCAGCAGCCUGCUGCUCUGUCAAGUAGCUUGCUUCCUGAUUGGUGGCUUGUAUGCACCUGUACCCGCUGGCCAUCAGAUUGUGAUGGGCAUCAAAUGCCGAGAUGUUGCUGGACGUCAGAAUGACACCGGCUUUUUUCUGUACUCCCGAGGUAAUGGCGCUUGCGACUCUGUUCAGGAUACAGACAUCGAGCUGGAUCCAUUGAAGAUGGCCAAUCAAUUGGUUUAUGUGUUUCAAAUGCCGCUGCCACGAGACAAUCGCACAUUGGACUAUUCCCGCUGGCAGCAGAAUCUCAUUGGAGUGCUGCAGAUGGACAUUGCAUACGACUCCUCCUCGGAGUUGCGAGAGCCCCCUAAAGAACUUCAAUUGACAAUUGACACACGGCUGGCGUAUCGCAACAAGAACGACGCAGAUGCAGAUUGGAAGCCAUAUGCGCACAGCAUUGAGAAGCGCUUCUUGGAUUGCCGUGCAGCACACAUUGGCGUUCAGGAAAUACUCUACACUUGCGAUAUAAUCCCAUUAUUUGAGCUGGGUGCAUUACAUCAUAGUUUCUAUCUUCUUAAUUUGCGCUUCCCAAUGGACACGCCAAAGCGGAUAAAUCUCCAGUUCGGCCACAUGCAUGAUAUCAUAUUGACAGCAAUACAUCAAAAUGGGGGCUUCACAAAAGUCUGGCUAUUGCUUAAGACCUUGCUCUUUCCCUUUAUAAUCGGCAUAAUGGUCUGGUUUUGGAGACGUGUCCACAUACUCCAACGCUCUCCUGCGCUGCUGGAAUAUAUGCUGUUGUAUCUGGGCGGUGCUCUCAGCUUCUUAAAUUUGCCAUUGGAAUACCUUACACUCAGCUUUGUGAUGCCAUACAUGCUGCUACUAAGCGAUGUGCGCCAGGGCAUCUUCUAUGCGAUGCUCCUAUCCUUCUGGCUGGUCUUUGCCGGCGAGCAUAUGCUGAUACAGGAUUCGCCCAAUAAGUCGACCAUACGCUCACGCUACUGGAAGCAUCUUUCUGCAGUUGUUGUCGGUUGCAUUUCGCUCUUUGUGUUUGACAUUUGUGAGCGAGGAAUGCAGUUGCGGAAUCCCUUCUACUCCAUCUGGACAACGCCAUUGGGCGCCAAAGUGGCCAUGAGUUUCAUUGUGCUUGCCGGCGUCUCGGCUGCCAUUUACUUUCUUUUCCUUUGCUACAUGGUCUGGAAGGUCUUCAAGGACAUUGGCGACAAACGCACAUCGCUGCCAUCCAUGUCCCAAGCACGUCGACUGCACUAUGAGGGUCUUAUCUACCGCUUCAAAUUCCUUAUGCUGGCCACUUUGCUGUGCGCUGGCUUAACCGUCGCCGGCUUUAUUAUGGGUCAGAUGGCCGAAGGACAUUGGAAAUGGAAUGAGGAUAUUGAAAUACAGCUGACCUCUGCUUUUCUCACUGGCGUCUAUGGCAUGUGGAACAUCUACAUCUUUGCCCUCAUCAUCUUGUAUGCUCCGAGUCACAAGCAAUGGCCGACGAUGCGUCACAGCGACGAAACAACUCAAUCUAAUGAGAAUAUUGUUGCCUCUGCUGCUAGCGAGGAAAUCGAAUUUAACAAUCUGCCCUCCGAUUCGAACCCAAGUGAGAUCUCAUCACUCACCUCCUUCACACGGAAGGUGGCCUUCGACUAAGAGCUUGCCGAGU